CAAAAACACAUACACAGAGACUGUCCCUCCCUUCUGUGUUACAGAAAACGUAGGGAAAAACAUGAACGGCGGCGGCGGGUCUAGGGUUCCGAUCCCCACCAAUGUACGGAAAAUCAUCCAAGACAUCAGAGAGAUCACCGUAAAACAGCACACCGACGAUGAAAUCUACUCCGUCCUCAGGGAAUGCUCCAUGGAUCCCAAUGAGACCGCUCAGAAGCUUCUCUAUUUAGAUACUUUUCAUGAGGUAAGAAGGAGACGCGACCGAAAGAAGGAGGGAUUGAGCAACAGGGCUGCUGAGGAGUCUAGGUUAAAGCAAGGUGGACAAGGGAGGGAGGGAAAGGGUGCUUCUGGGGGCUAUUCCUCCAACUUUCAUGAUGGUGGUGGUGGGAGGAACCUUGCUAUUCGAAGGGAAAAUGGAGUUAAUCACAUUGCAGAGAGAAUUCAUGGUCCCUUUACUCAGCCAGAUUUGCAGAAAAAAACUAAUACAGCAUCUCAAGCCAUGAGAGUUUCAGCUGUUGCACCCCAAGGUGCUGCAAAUCAAUCCAAUGGGAAGUCGGGUCAUGGUUCUACCAGCCAAUCUCUCAUAGCUAGUGUCAUGAGUGUCCCUAAAAGCAGUUCAGCUGCUAAUGACACUAGCAAUCAAGAAAAUGUCCAAACUCAAGCUGUUGGUGUUGCGGCAGCCUCUUCCCCUUCUCAGACCUUUGGCUCAGUUACCAGCACUGAUCAAGGGAAGUCUCUGUCAAGUUCUGAUCAACUUCAAACUUCUGUGUCUGGUGUCUGUUCCUCUUCUUUGGAUUCUGUACUGGCACCAUCUAUGUCUGGGAACCCUUGUGUUAGUGGUGCUAUUAGUAGGGAAGUUGGAAGUAACCGGAUAUCUGCUGGACCAAAUCAUGUUAAAGGUAACAAAGUUGUUCUUCAAGAAGUUGCUGAUCAAUCAGCAUCCGAUAAUGAAAAAUCUGGGUCUAUCAAUCCAACAAACGAAACAAACCCACCACAGAAGUCAAAUGGAGUUGAAACUAAUCGGUUAUCUGAGCCCUCACAACUCUCAUCUUCAUCCCUGAAUGGUUCUUUGAAGCCAACUUCCAGUUGCGGUAGCCAACCACCUCCAGAAGCUUGUGCGCAGUCUUCAGCUGAGUCGAGGCAACAUGUUACUUUUCCAAACCAUUUUCAAGUACCUGAGUCUUUAAAAAGUGGUCUGACAUUUGGAAGCUUUGAUACUUCUGGCCAAAGUGAAAGAUCUAGCAAUGGGACUGGUGGUGACAAUAAUACUUACCCUGCUCUUGAAUCUUCCCUUGGAAACAACGAAGCUGCUACUUCUAGCAACCAAAGUUCUUCAUUUACUGCAAAAGGAGAUCAUCUUGAUUAUCCACAUUCUUCAUCUUAUCUGAUUGAAAAGGCUCCAGUUUCAGAAGCCAAUUCUAGCAUUGGUACUGACUCAAAGGUUGAUCCUCCAAAGCAGGAGGUACUAUUGGCUCCUGAAGGCCACCCAAUUCCAACUGUUCAAAGUGCUCAAAACUAUGGUUUGAAUUUCAUGUCCACCAUGUUAGGGACUCAGCAAGUUCAAUUUGAGGGAAUUGAGCCUCACGCCCCAGAAGCAUCUCGUUUUCCCAACUUUGUUAGUGCAAGUUCCCAGUCUGUGUCCCCUAGCCCAACUCCACCUCUGCAAAGUUCUAUACCCGUGUCUCCGCAGUCAGUUUCUAUUUUCAGGCCACCUUACCCUCCCUUCUUCCCAUAUGGCCACUAUUACCCCCCAAUUUAUGUGUCUCCGAUACACCAAUUUUUAAGCCACAAUGGUUACCCUCAACAGCCAUCAGCUGGCAGUAUGUAUCUACCAACAGCAGCUGCUGCUGCAGCUGCCGGGAUCAAAUUCCCUCUUCCUCAAUUCAAGGCUGGAGCAAACACAGGAAAUACAGCUCAUAUUGGAAUUCCUUCUGGAUCAUUUAUCUCUCCACCUGUUGGAUAUGCGCCUAGUCCAACAGCGAAUUCUGGAAGCUCCACUGGAAAUGAGGAUCUUGCAGUGUCUCAGUUGAAGGAAAACCAGAUCUACACAACUGGGCAGCUGAGUGAAGGUUCUGCUGUGCGGAUAACUGCACCAGGCCAAGAUAUAUCAAGUUUGCAAGUUAAUUCUCUGUAUAACCUUACCCCUCAGGGACAACAUCUCACCCUCCCCCCAACACAGGCUACCCAUGGUGCAUUUGCUGGUAUCUAUCAACCAGGGCAGACUGUAGCUUCACCUUCGACCCUUUUGCAACAGUCUCAGGCUGUGGCUGGGCCUGUUGAAACUAUAGGGCCCCCUUCAGGAUCUUAUCAGCAACCAAAGCCUGCACAGAUCAAUUGGAAUACUAAUUUCUAGGCUUGAAAACAUUUUCUUGGUGCCUUAAUGUUCAAAUGCACAUAUUAUGUGCUCAAAUCCAGGAAGUAUGAACACUGGCCUGAUCUGAAGUGUAAAUAAGAAUUGCGGCCAAAGAAUGGGAAAAGAGAAUUAGUAACUCUAGUGGUGAUAUUUGGUGCUAACGAUUUUGAAGGGUGCUAAUUGCUGGUUUUCUUUCUUUAUUUAUUUUUAUUUUGAGCUUUCAAUUUAUUUACCCCUCACCUGUUCUUUUGUCCCUCAGAGAACAUUUAGUGGUUGCUAUAAGAAACUUAGUCUUUCCUUGUCAUAUUAUAUACUAAGCCAAGAGUUCAAUAGAGCUGGUGAGAUUUACCAAUUUUUCCGUUUUGAAUUCUCACCUGUAUAUUACAAUUUGACAGCAGAGGAUA